UCCGGUUUUCUGAGUGGAUCAUGGCCGCGCAGAUGGCGGUAAACUCAGGAGCAAGUCUGUGGGGACCGUUGAAAGAACUAUGGGAGACAGUAGAUGACGCUAUAUUAAGGAAACAGCUUGAGAGUGUGCACCUCUUGGACUUGCAACUGAAGAAACAUAAACCAACCUUUCUGUCACUCUUCAAGAACCCGCCAAAAAGUGCAGAGCAGAGAGAGAAGGUGCGCAAAGCCAGCACAGAAGGCAUCGCCAUCCAAGGUCAGCAGGGUUCACGACUCCUCCCAGAGCAACUUCUGACGGAGGCAUUCAUCCUCAGUGAUCUUUUUGACAUUGGGGAGUUGGCAGCGUUGGAACUUCUUUUGGCAGGUGAACAACAACAGCCCCAGUUUCCAGGCCUGACACGAGGUUUAGUAGCUAUACUACUUUACUGGGAUGGAAAGCUUUGCAUGGCCAACUCUCUGCGCACACUUAUUCAGUCGCGCCAUGGCAAAACCUUCACCCUGGAUUUGAGUGGGGAGCUGGUAGCCUUGACAACACGUUUUACAGAUGAAUUGAUGAGCCAGGGUCUGACCAAACGCGUCCUAACCCUGGUAUCGGAGAUAAGUGUGACGCGUGAGUUUGAACGGCUGCAGAAGGAACGUGGCCUGGGCAAUGAAAAACACAGGAAGGAGGUCUCUGACCUCAUCAAAGAGUGUCGACAGGCGCUGGCAGACAGCCUGUUUUUAUGGACAUGCCAGUCACCCUUGACAAAAGAUGACACUUUGGCUCUUAUUGGCCAUCUGGAGACGGUCACUGCUCAAGCCGAUGGCUCACUGGACAGUGUGAACCUCGCUCUUGUUAUGGCGCUUCUCUAUUGCUUGGACGUCAGCUUCAUAGAGCAGGGAACUGAAGACAGGGAAGAUCUUCUCCAGGCACUGCCACUGCUGACAGAGAGGCAGUAUGUUUCUGCAGUGCACAGUCGUCUGAUGGAUGGCCAAUCGUGGAAGCUUCCAGGGCUGCAGGCUGUGUGUCGGCUUGCCUGGGCUCUUACUCUCAGAGUGCUUUCUCAGCUACCACAGGGUUCAGCCCUUGUUGAGUUCACUGAAGCAGAUGAGGUCCUAGCUGAUCAGGCUUUACUGGGAGACGUUUUCCUCUUCAUGAAAGAUGGCAUGUUGGGAUGUGAGAGUUUGGCCCAGGAAGAGUUUUAUAUCCGCCGCCUUCAUUCGCUCAUUACAGACUUCCUGGCACUCAUGCCGAUGAAGGUAAAGCAACUCCGUAACCGUGCUGAUGAGGACGCUCGACUGGUGCACAUGUCUCUACAGAUGGACAGCGAACUUCCAUCAUCAUUAAGGAAGGACUUAGAUCACCUCAUGGUCCUGAUUGGGGAUUUUUACAGUAAGGACACAUUUGGGCUGGAGCUGGGACUGGAGUUCUGGUGCCCCACAGAGUCUCUCCAGCACACCUCACUGCAUGGAUCCUACUUGGGAAUGGCCCUGCAAAGGCCUCCACAUAAACAGGUGGUUCUGUCAAAGUUUGUGCGUCAGAUGGGAGAUCUUCUGCCCUCUACGCUCUAUAUGUCUUAUCUCCGCAUGCUAAAAGGCCUUGCGAAUGGUCCGCAAUGUGCUCAUUACUGCUUCAGUCUGCUGAAAACCAAUGGAGCUGCACACAGUGACAAUAUCCAGGGAGUUUCAGGCAGUCCGGUGUCUUGGGAGCAUUUUUUUCAUUCCAUCAUGCUCUACCAUGAGAACCUGCGAAGAGACCUCCCUAAUCCGGAUGCAGCGCAAUACCGGCACCUGCCCAUCAGGGGCAUCACCCAAAGAGAACUUGAGGGGCUCACCUCAUUUUUUCAGUUACUCACCACCAUCGUUACAUGGAGUGAAAAUGCUCGACUGGCCUUGUGUGAGCAUCCGCAGUGGACGCCGAUUGUAGUGAUGCUGGGGUUGCUGCAGUGCAGUGUUCCACCCAUCCUGAAGUCUGAACUUCUGCAUUGUCUGGCAGCCUUUGGGAAGUCACCAGAAAUCGCUGCUUCACUCUGGCAGUCGCUGGAGUACACACAGAUCCUUCAGACAGUUCGAGCUCCAGGACAGAGGCAGACAGCAGGAAUUGAGGUCGAGCUGAGUGAGAUUGAGUCGAGCUGUGAGGAGUAUCCACUAACGCGAUCCUUCUGCCAUCUGAUCAGCACAUUAGUCGAGAGCAGUAUGCCCGUUAAUCUGGGGGCGGGUCUGCGGGCACCAGGAUUUCAGCCUUACUUGAACUUCUUGCGUGACUGUGUUUUCCUCCCCUUCCCCACCAGAGCAUAUCGUCGUCCAGCUGAAAAGUGGGAAGUGGCUGACUCUGUGCUGGAAGUUUUCCACAAGCUGCUGCAGGACUACGAGCCCCAGCCAUCAGACUUCAUCCAGGAGACGGUGGAGUUUCAGGGGGAGCAGAUCCCGGCCCACAAGCCCCCCGGUCACAGCAUCUUGUUCCACCUGCUGAAUGACUCACCCAUGCUAGCGCUCUGCCUGAGCCUGCUGGAAGAGGGCGUGCGCCAACUGGACACCUACACACCCUUCCCUGGUAAAAAGCACUUGGAGUCAUCAGUGCUGCACUGCCUGUGCCUUCUGGACUUGGCUCUGCAGAAGGAAGUGGUGUUCAUGGACCUCCUCAGGGAGAGCCAGGCCUCCCUGAUCGUGUCUCCCCUGGAGCAGCUCCUGCAGGGCGUCAGCUCUCAAACCCGAAGAGCUGAUCACAUUGUCAAUAUCGCCAGGUAUCUUUAUCACAGCAGCUCAAACCCAGAAGCUGCUUUUCAGAGUGCCAAGAUCCUGCGUCGCAUUGCCAACUACCCCAACAUUCAGAUAAGGCUGGUGGGAGACUUCAUACACAACCAGGCUGUGAGUGACAAGCUGAUGGCUGGCUUUGUGGAGUGUCUGGACAAUGAAGAAGCAGAGGAGGGAACAGAAACAGAAGAUGAUUUGGACCCACAAAAGAAGGUGGCAAGAAUCCGACACGAAACCCAGAUCCACAUCCUGAACUUGCUCAUCACGUCUUUGGAGCUGAAGUCGCCCAAUCUGGCCCUUUAUCUGUUGGGCUAUGAAGUCAAGAAGCCCGUGUCCUCAACCAACCUCCAGGAUCAAGGUGUGUUGGGAUGUCCUCGUAGCUGCCUGCACGCCAUCCUGAGUCUGCUGCAGAGAGGCACUGAGAAGAGAUCAGGGCCUGUACUGACACAGCAGGCCCCUCACCUGGCUGAGCUUUGCUACCAGGUGAUCUACCAGCUGUGUGCCUGCCCAGACACAUCUGGACCAACUAUGCGCUAUUUGAGGACAAGCCAGGACUUCCUUUUUUCUCACUUGCAACACCUACCCUUCAUCCUGGAAGGUAAUCAGAUUGCUGCCCUAUCCCAGAUGUCUUGGCUCAUGAAAACAGCCGCCAUCGAGCUGAGAGUGACCUCGUUGAAUCGCCAGCGUUCACACACACAACGUCUCAUUAGCCUUUUAUUGGAUGACCAGCCACGCCCUCACCAUGCAGUUGAUGGGGAAAUGGGCAUGGAAGAAGAAACCAGAGCAGUCAGUGGUUUCCUUCAUUUUGACACAGUCUCUAAAGUGCGCAGGAAGUUGUUGAGUGUGUUGGAUGCAAUUGACUUCAGUCAGGACAUGCCUGAGCUGCUGCAGCUGGAUUUCUUUGAGCGUGCUCAGAUAGAGCAGGUGAUCUCCAACUGCGAGCACAUCAAUGAGCAAGGACACACUGUCUGUAAUGUGAAGUUGCUUCAUAAAGUGCUGGUUGCAGAGGUAAAUGCCCUGCAAGGAAUGGCAGCAAUUGGACAAAGGCCCUUGUUAAUGGAAGAGGUGAACUCCAUUCUACAGCAAGUGGUGGAACGUAACCGUGUCCGUCGGAGUCUGAGCGCAAAGCGCCACGCACUACGGUCCUGGAGAAGCCUGGUGGAGACGCUGCUGACCGCCUGUCCAUCCGAUCUCAUCCCUGCUGAUGACAGACAGCUCAUCAUCAGAGAUUUGCUGCUGGACCUGCAUGAUAAGGUAUUAUCAGAGGACGCUGCAGGAGAGUUGAUGCCCGUUGUUGCUGGUGCCGUCUUCACUCUGACAGCCCAACUGAGCCAGUCAGUGCUGUCUGAGCAGCAGCAGGGCGUGGGCUCAGAACCAUCUUCAGGAUUUGCCUCCAUCGCCAACUCAGCUCUUCAUCUCAUCCUCCGCAAGCUGCUGGACUUCAUCCUUUGCACUGGAGGUGGAUACCAGCGUCUGCGUGCUCACCUAUACGGCUCUUUGCUGUAUUACCUUCAAAUCGCCCAGAAACCAGAAGAACCAGACACUUUGCAGUCAGGAAAAGCCAUGUGGGAGCGUCUCACAGCCCCUGAGGAUGGAUUUUCCAAACUGCAGAGAGAGAACCUCGCUAUCAUUGAAAGCUAUGGCAAGGCUUUGAUGGAAAUUGUGUGUAGAGAUGCUUGUGAUGGCCAUGAAAUAAGCAGGAUGCUGGCUCUGGCGGUUCUGGACCGAAUCCUGUCAAUAGACCGUCAGAAUCAGUGGCUGGUGUACAUAUGUAACAGUGGCUACCUGCGAUCAUUAGUGGAGAGUCUGAGACAGGACGACGCUGCCCUGCAAAGCCUGCUCACCCCUCAGCCACCCUUGCUCAAACCCCUCUACAUCUAUGAGAGCAAGAUGGCUCUGCUGACUCGUGUGGCUAAAACUUGUCAGGGAGCUGUAGAUCUGCUGCGCUGUGGGCUGGUGGCACAGCUGAUCGAGUGUCAGGUGUUCGACAUGGUCCCUGACAGCGACUCACACAGGGUGAUGAGGGACCCAUCAGGCUUCAUCCCUACUCCCAUGGACCGCUACAGGCAAAUUCUUUUACCGACAUUGAGGCUCCUUCAAGUGAUACUGACGUCUACGUCCAUAAAUCACCAGCAGGGGGCAGCACAAGUCCUCCAGUGGUUGAUAGUUCAUGCAGACACCAUUCAGUCCCUGCUGCGCUGUCAGGAGUUCAGCAUGGCAGCUUUGCAGGAACUCUCUUUGCUCACUGGAAUCAUCAGUAAAACAGCUCUGCCAGGCGUACUUGAGAUGGGUGGAGAUGUCAAGAGUCCUGCGCUGAUGGAGUUCCAGGGUCACAUUAACAGGUUUCAGCGUCUGUGUCUGUCCCUGCUGGGCCGUCUGGCAGGAAAUGAGCGGGAGAGGUUAUUAAAGCAGGCUGAGAUCACUGCACCUGGAGAGUCCGCUGAACAACGAGAGGAGAUCGAGGUGGCCAUGCAACAGGUGUGUGCCAACAUUAUGGAGUACUGCCAAACCCUCCUGCUGCAGAGCUCAGCCCAGGCUCAGUUCAGCAUCUGUCUCUUCAGCCCAUCAGGCAGCGAGCCAGCUGGAAGAGAUGGAGGACGUGCAGAUAUGUCAUCAUCUCUGCCAUCUAUGGCUUACUCCCGGGUCCCUAGCCUGGGUCUGGUCCUGUACCUGCUGAAGAACAGCGCUGCAGAUUUCUUUCGAUUCCACCAAAGUCACAGACAGAACCUGGGCAAGCUGCAGAGCCUGGAUCAGCUGCCUCCAGAGGAGCUCAAGGAGUUGUGCCAAGGCCUUGUGUUGGGACCAGGAGGGGUGGAGAAAAUCUCAUCAGUCCAAAGGAGCUUGCUGGCCAAGAGAAGACUGGUCCAACUUAUCAACAACAGAGCUAAGCUCCUGGCCUUGUGCUCCUAUGUUAUUGAGACCUGCUUAUUUGUGUUGUGGCGCCAUCUGGAGUACUACCUGUUGCACUGUGCUCCCACUGACUCCAAGAGCUCCCUGUUGCCUGGAGCUGAUCUUUUCAGAUCCCGCCUCACAGAUGCCUCUUUGGUGGAACUACAUGCCAGCGGAGGCCGUGGACUUGGGAUGUCCAGAGUCAGUCGGCAAGACCUCGACUCGUUGAAAACCGACAUGGCUGCCGGGUUUGGGGAGGCUCUACAGAGGAAGCUGGUGGAGGUGGAGGGAUUGUACAGCCAAGUCCGCUCUCGAUACACCUUCAUUCAAGCUCUGGUCCGCAGGAUCCGUGGCUUGCUCCGACAGUCCAAAAGCUGAAACAAACAUAUGAACGCUCUUCCUGAAUGAUUUGGAGCUUCUUCCACGUAUGAAGUUUUGUCACCGGAGAAUAGAUAAAGAAUUUUUUACUUUGCGUUUCCCGGCAUUCCUGAUUUACACUCUCUGCCUGAUCUUUUCUCUUGACUGUUGUGAUAUGAAUAUUUCGGUGAUAAAGUUGUAUCACCAUAAUAAUCGUAUACAUGUGUUACCAUUGAUGGCUAAUUGAGUCAUCCGUUUCUAAUUAUGUCAGCUAACAAUGCAUUGAUAAAAUGUGGAUUUGCAAACAAUAUUUGUAUUUGUUAAGAGGAUUUUUGAUAUCCUUUUGGUUGCUCUGAUGUUUUUUUUUUGUUUUUUUUUUUCCCUUUUUGUGAAAAUAAAUAUUUUCUAAACCUGUUAA